AUGUCGAAAUUUUGGUCAUCGCUAUCUCAAGAUUUUGGAAAUAUCCUGGAGGACUCGGAUGAUUACAAUGUUUUGAUUAACGUUGGCGACGAUUCUUCCGGUGUGUCUUCUUUCCAUGCCCACUCGGUGGUGUUGAGAGCCAGAUCACCUUAUUUUCGCACGGCCCUAUCCAACGAUUGGGCAAAGAAAGAAGGGGGCAUCAUGAUUUUCAGUAAACCGAAUAUUUCACCUGCCAUUUUUUCUUUAAUUCUAAAAUUCAUGUAUACGGGAAACAUCACUCUAGAACAGCAGAAGGAGGUCGAUCUCUUGAAAUUGUUGGUUGCAUCCGAUGAACUAUUACUAUAUGAACUUCACGAUCACAUUCAGGAAUUUUUGCUCAGAAAUAAGUCGGACUGGCUCCAACGAAAUUUUGCUCAGGUGCAGCGUACAGUAUUUCAACUUGAAUCAGCCAAAGGAUUGCAGGCGUUCUGUCUGGUGACAAUCUGUGAAGAACCUCAAAUAAUAUUUAAGGCGAAAGAUUUCACACUCCUCGAGAAAGAGGUCUUGGCCUCUAUAUUGGAACGCAGUGACUUGGAGAUAGAAGAAGUUGUCAUUUGGGACCACCUAUUGGAGUGGGGUAUUGCGCAGAACUCGCAUCUCACCAUUGACAUUAACAAGUGGUCCCCCGAGGAUUUCGCAACUUUGCGCGAAACUCUUGAGGAUUUACUCCCUUCCAUAAGAUUCUUCCAAAUGACAUCGACAGAAUUUUACAAUAAGAUUCGACCAUUCAAACAAAUCCUCCCACCUGAAUUAUACGACGACCUGAAACGAUUUCACUUUAAAGUCGGCAUGCAACUUAAACCUGAUUACUUGCAAUCCCGAAGGUACAAAGGCAUCGAAUCAACCAUGAUCGAACGACAGCACGCGGCGCUCAUAGCUUCUUGGAUUGAUGGUUGCGAGAGCACCUCUCUGAUAUCGUACGUCGGUGAACUUCAAUAUGAAUUUAGAUUACUGUUAAGAGGAAGCAGAGAUGGAUUCUCCGCCUCAACUUUUCACGAUCGAUGUGACAACCAAGGUCCAACAAUCGUUGUUCUUAAAGUUGAUGAAAAACAUGUGAUCGGCGGUUACAACCCUCUCUCAUGGUGUUCUACCAACACUUGGAGAUAUACUCGUGAUAGCUUUAUAUUUCAAUUUAAUACGGAUUACAAGCAUAAAUUGUUAGCCAAAUUUGGUCGAGUAUUACCAUCAUUCGCUCCAUACGCCAUAAAUGAUUCCCAGUGCAACGGGCCAUGCUUUGGUGAUGGUGACUUGUGGAUGUUGGAUCAAUUCAACACACCCGGGUCAUGCUCAUGUAAUAAAGAAUCCUAUGAACAAAGCGUGGGCGAUAUAUUUCAUAGAGAUUCCUGGGGUGGGAAGAAUGGUAUCUUUGCAGUGGAAGAUUAUGAAGUGUUUCAGGAAAUCGAGAAUAGAAAAAUGACUUCUCCAGAUUUUGUCUCCCAAGAGCUAAGUAACAUUUUGAAAGAAUAUGAAUAUGGCAUUGUCCCAAAUUCUAUAAAGAUUCUUAGUAAAGAACCAGCAAAAUUUCAAAUAGGAUUGCUCGAGAACGUUCAGUUAAUAAUAACAAUUACCGAAUUCGGAUUUACCAUCACAGAUAUAGAUUAUUCGAAAAAAAAUGAGGGUCCAAUCAUCGAAAAUUUAAAUAAAUGCAUUAAUAAACCCUUUGAAACCAUGGAUGCACUGUUGUCGUUCACCAGCCCUAAAUUUGUCGAAAAAUUCAACCAAACUCUAUUCGAGAGAUUAUUGGUUUUAGAAAAAUCGCAAGAAUGA